AUGGCAAAGCCAUUGACGAUUUACGAGCCAUUCGAGGGGAACACGAAAGAAGAGUUCGACGCGCACGUGCCCAAAGAGGAAGAUUUUUUGUUAUGCCACAACUGUGGAUGGACCGUAUAUCACCAGGUACAUUACUGGUACGUUAGUCGCGUCAAAUGCAUGUGCAAUGGAGCCAGGGGCAUUUGGUUUAUUGGCGAUGACUAUGUUCUGAAAGAAAGAGCUAUUUUGGAAUAUGGGCGAGCUAGCGUUAUGGGCCCUGAUGUUUCGAUCUCCAAAUUUCUGACCGAAAACUCUACUGUACCUGUAGUAAAAUUUCUACACCAUUGGAAGGACAGUCAAAGUCAUUUCUCGAUGGCCGAGAGGGUCCCGGGUGAUUCUCUAAUGCAAGCUGGGGAUAGUAUGAGCAAGGAUGGGAUAAGACUCAUUGCCAAAGAAGUCGUCGAGUAUCUUAUAGAGGUGCGCAAGUUUACAUCACCAAAAAUAGGAGCUCCAGACGGUUCAAAUAUAAGAGAUAGGGUGAUAGGUUCUGAUCAGAGGAUACAGUUCGUGACGGAUGAUGUUGAGAAAUGGUGGACUCGUGCCAAACUUCGGUUGUCAAAGGAACAAAUUGAACAGUGGGAAGACGUCAUCAAAGAUGAAUAUCCUGUCAAAGGACCAUAUGUGCUCACACAUGGAGAUUUGGAUGCGAGUAACAUCAUGGUAAAAGAUGGACAUGUCACCGGCAUCAUCGAUUGGGAAGCAGGGGGGUAUUUGCCAGAAUGGUGGGAGCCAGUAGCGACUAGUAUGCAAUUACCGCCCUUAUGGUCCUAUUGUUUUGAAGAGGAAUGGAAAUUACAAAUUGGGCCAUGGCCAGAGAAAGAAGUCCAAUUUGCCAGGACUUUCAAGAAUUUCUUCAAAGACUACUAUCCGAGUCAAAUCGAACCGGAGAAGUUCUACGAUCAAGACGCUUAUAUUCAAUGUCCCAAUUAUCGUCGCUAUUUGAAAGAAUCAAGAGAUGGAUUUGAAUCAACCGUUCGUCAACGCGAGAGGCGCAAGAAACAAGCUGCUGAAGAAGAGAGUGCGGCUUUAGCGGCUUUGAAAAAAUUAAGCUUGGAUGAAAAGGAAAAAGUCAAAGAUUGA